ACCCGGAAGUACUUUAUUAUUCUUGUCUGCUUUAUGGUGGUGACAUAAAGCAGUUGACGAAGAUUAUUUAGCUCUUUUCUUUUCUUGUCAUUCUCUAGUUUAAAACUGACUGACUGUGAGGUACUUCGGGGUAUUUAUAUAGAGGCAUUAUUGAGGUCCUUCCUGGCUGGCCCAUGCUGAGACAGGGACCUAGAGGAACUGAACGGACUCAACAUGGCCUGUGUAGAGGAGCCCCCUGAGAAGCACUGCUGGGUGUGUUUUGCGACAGAGAGAGAGGACCGCGUGGCAGAGUGGGUGAGCCCCUGCAGGUGUAAAGGCUGUACCAAGUGGAUCCACCAGGCCUGCCUGCAGCGCUGGCUCGAUGAGAAGCAGAAAGGAAACAGUGGAGGAGCUGUCAGCUGCCCUCAGUGUGGCACAGAGUACAGCAUCGUCUUCCCCAAGAUGGGGCCAUUGGUGUACUUCCUCCAGCAGGUGGACAGGGCUCUGUCGCGGGCCAGUCCAUUCGCUGCUGCUGGGGUGGUGGUGGGGACAGUCUAUUGGUCAGCUGUCACCUAUGGAGCUGUGACUGUCAUGCAGGUGGUGGGCCAUAAGAAGGGCUUGGAUGUGAUGGAGAGAGCAGAUCCUCUGUUCCUCCUGAUGGGUCUACCUACCAUCCCUGUGAUGCUGGUCCUGGGCAAGAUGAUCCGCUGGGAGGACUACAUACUGAGGCUGUGGCAGAGACACUCCUCUAAACUACAGCUGCUAGUUCCAGGUAUAGGGCGUCCGUUGCCCCGUGUGCCAGCUGAUGGGAGUAAUGGAGGGGACCACCUGUCAGUGUCUCGUACUUUGUGUGGAGCUCUCAUCUUCCCCUCCGUGGCCAACCUGGUGGGACGGCUGAUCUUCAGUAGGGUACCUUCAUCUCUGCAACGCACCGUUCUGGGUGGUAUAGCGUUUGUGGUGAUGAAGGGAGUGUUGAAGGUGUAUUUCAAACAGCAGCAGUACCUCACCCAGGCCAACCGCCACAUCCUCAACUACCCAGAGAGAGAGAGGGACAUGGAUGGAGAGGGGCGGAGUGAGGAAGGAGAGGACGACACAGAGGAUAGUGGAAACGAGUGAACAAAACACCCCCCCCCCCUAACCCUAGAGGGCGAAGGAGGGAUGGAGAGGUAGAGCGGAGA